AUGAACCCUAACCAGCAGUACUUCGAAACCAAGAACGGAUACUCCGAUAGGCCUCAAAUCCAAGGAGGUCGACCUCUUACACAUCAGGAGAGAUUAUAUUUCGUCAAUCAACAGCUGCAAGCGACCUAUGCGACUCCCCAUUCAGCCGACUCCUCCCAACAGCCUAACCUAUAUCCUCUCAGUACCUUGCCCUCUGACUCCUACAUUCAACCCCUCAGCUUUCCUCAAGCAUCUACUUCUCAUUCACCGAUUGUAGGUCAAUUACCAAUAGUCAACCUACCAACACAAACGUUCGAAGCGGCUCGAUCCAAUUUAAAACGAUCAAGGACAGAGAACGAUAUAUUGAUCAAGGAGAGAACGCUCAAGAGGAUGAACCCUGGUAAAAUCGUCCAUAUAGAUGCAUAUACCAGACGACCUCUUUGUGGAUGGGCAUACGAAGAGCUUUGGAGCACGAAGGAACAGAAUUACGAAAGAAAGCUCUUUGCUUAUAGUAAUUACAAUAUCCUGGUCUCGAACGUGGUCCCAAGCGCUUCCGGAUGGGAGCUGACAUGCCUCGCUCUCGCUGAGCUGUUCAGCAUGUGCGGCAAGGUAGUUGCUGUAUUUCCUUUCGAGAAUGCCAACUCUGAAAACUACCCUGAAGUCGGCCGACUCUCCCAAGACAUUGAUCAAGAUCCACUCAGAGGUCUAGUGACCAUCGAAUUUGAAGAUGAACUUGGUGGGCUGAAGGCAAUCAACUUACCAAAGCAUCUACGAAUGUCAGGAGAUCGUGAAAUUGGGAUUCACAGGAAGAAGUACGAGUGGAAUGUGGGCUGGUUCAGGCUGAAGGAGUUCGAAGGUCCGAGACUGCAGCAAGACUGGAUCGAAAUGCGGACAACUAGAGGGAAACAUGUUGAUCGCUUCCUCGAUUAUAGACUGUACGACUAUAAUCCCUACGCGUACGAUCCGGAGCUAGUUCCCGCUUGUCAACCGAUCUCAAUGCCAUUCGAAUCAAUGGUAGAAGAGGAGCUUCCGAAGAUGUUCAGCUUGGCAACCUGGAUCAGACGGACUCCUGCAAAUGCACAAAAUAGAAGAUCGCAAGUACAGCGUCAAUGGUGGAAUCCGUCUCAACACCCACGUGAUGCCGAUCCUCUUCGAAUCAGCGCUUCAUCCCAUCGGAAACACACCGCUAGUCGAUUGCCUGAUCCUGAAUGGUCUAUUAAAGAUCAGGGCUAUUUCUGGACUGUUGAUGAUAGUUGGAGAUGGAAUCCUCAGAUCCCAAUCUUGUUUGAAGGAAGUCUCGAUUACUCGAAGAAUAAGAAGAUCCUAGGCGACAUCCGAAAGGAGAACAAUCAGCGUGUCGAUAUUCGUCAAACGUUGAAUAUUCAACUUCCUACUGAUCUAAAUCAGUAUACGAGAGAUACUGGACGUCGAACACACGAGCAAUGCGAAUUGGAACUGAUGCACAUGGACAUCGCUCAAGCCCUCAUACCGGCAGGUUCGUCACUCGAAACUGGUAUCGAAGAGGUAGUGGGAGGAUUCGGUGCUAUCAGGGAUGAUGAGAUCGACGAGCAACACGAAUGGGCUCGAUAUCGUUACGUGGGAGUACGGAAGUGGCACCACGAGAAUCCUGGUCGAGCUCAAGCACCCUCCUUUCCGAUUCAGAGCGCUUGGAAACCAGCUGAAAAACUCAAGGGAAAAGGUAAAGGUAAAGAGAAGGCUAGUGGUGGUGUGACUACAUUCGAUGAUUGGAAGCUGGAUCGUCAAUCCACAGGGAAAUUGAAGGGGAAGAAGGAAGUGGGUGAAGGUCGAAUGAAAGAGCUUUACUUAAUCGAAAGCUUAGAAGAAGAGGUAACAUUCUGCGAGCCCUUACCACCCCUACGGCAAUCUGAAGACUCAUCUUCCCCAUCGUUAUGA